AAACUUAUUAAAUAGAUUACAAUGAAAGAGCCUCCAAGUGUCAACUUAGGGCAAGGAUUGCUUUUGGCUUCAAAUAAUGGACAACUCCAAAUCAUGCUGCCAUCUGGAAUAGCCCCGAGAGGUGCGCGAGGGAAAGUCGUUCAGCCGCCUGUUAAAAAGAAACCCGUUGUAAAACAGGUUGACACAGAAAAAGCUGAAGAUAUAAAAAACACUCAAGCUAAGCCAAAAACUGUGGCGAAACCAGUAGCAACCAGAAUGAAGAAUAAUGCAGAGAAUAACGAGGAAACCGUUACUCUCACAAAGAAGCAGCUGGAUGCAUUAGUUGGCACCAUAAAUGAAGUCUGCAAUUUAGCGGCCGAAGAAAUGGACUCCAUGCGGCUAUUAAAAGAUACUAGAGACAACCUUGCUGUGGAAGCUGAAGAGUCAAUAAGUGCGCGAAUCAGACAAACGAACGCGGAAUUGAAUCGAGAACCAACUCCAGAAAAGAGAGAUAAACAGAAAAAAUUGCCAUCACAUCCGGAAGAAUCAAAACCGAUACAGAAAAGCCUGCCUGCGAAAGGCAAACCGAAAGGAGGUGAAAACAUCAUGGACCUGUUGGGAAAGGGGGACAAAAAACCAGUUAGUAAGAAGCCAGGUACGAAUUCAAAAGACAAGAAGAUGACUGCGAGCCAAAAGAAAUUUGCCGACCCUGAAAGAAUAGAGCGGAUGCAUUCAACAGUCUCAAAAGCUCUCAGAGGAGAAGCAACAGCUCGUCCCAUCAUUGUGUAUGAACAAACAAAGCCGUCUAGGCCCGGUCAGAAACCAAACAGACCAGAAAAAGACAGAGGUAGAGAUCGGAAUAAGAGAGAUCGUUCCCCCAUGAAAAAAGCGUCUCCCGUGCCUGAGAGAACAAAGAAAACAGCUGCUGUUAACACUACAGUAGAGCAUGAGACGAGUGAACUCAAUGUGACUAACUUCUCAGCAACAUCAUCAGAUCUUCCAGUGAAUCAUUCAGCCCAAGUUACCGACAGGAAAGAAGAAGUGUCACAAGAGAAUUCUCCCAAAAGUGACUCCUCUAAGGAGAACAAAAAAGUAGAGAUUGAGAAACCAAAGCCACCCUUGACGUUGAUGGAAAAGAAAAGAUUGCAGUGGGAAGAACAGAAAAGAGAAAACUCUACGCUGCGAAAAGAGACGAUAGUGGCUGAGAUUCCCAAGAAACAGCCGAUUAGUCAUUCGCCACCUCCCGCUCCAAAACAUGAGCAGAAUAAUAGGGAAACUAGGAAAGGGCGUGAUCAGAAAGAGAAUAAAGGCGGGACUGAGGAUGCAAAUGGUGGUAUGGAUAGAUUGCGUGUGAUGUCAUCGUCUCCGAAAGUGUUGAGUCCACGACACGUCAUGAACCAACCCAGCGCCAUGCUGGACCACUUCCAAGUCGUGAGUGAAAACGACCUGGCUGUAACGAAGAAGUAUCAGCAGCAACAGUGGCUCAAAGAGUUAGAGAAACAGAAAGAAGAACAACGACUGAAAAAGAUGAUCGAAGACGAGCUCAGACGGAGUUUCAUAGACGUUACGCCUCGACGUGCCACGACAAUACUAGCAGAAGUGUACGACGAAGCGAGCAAGAUAACUGAGCAGGAUCAAAAUUCGAACAAUUUCCAACCAGAUAACCCAUUGGCUGCAUAUGUGCCCAAUCGGAACAGACUUCAACUAGAGUUGAAAAUGAAGAAGCUUAUUCAGAAUAGAAUUGCGACCCACUUUCCUCAGAAUAACCAAGUGUCCAUAACCAACCAGAUGUCAAAUAGCAGUCAAGUGUCGCCUGUAAAACAGACACAAAAUAGAUACCCAGCAGGCGGCGACGAAGUCGAUGGUGCAAAUCAGCUCAGUGGAAAGGAAAUGAAACCGUCAGUUGAAGUGGCGGCGGAUCCGUGGAUGAACAAACAUCCGAAUGCGACUGCGUCCCUCAGAGGGGGAGGUGGUGGUAUGGGGGGAAAUGAGUUGCGAGAGAGUGUGAACGAGACAGGGCAGACAGCAUACAACUCUUCCCAGACACACCUCGUUUUCCACCAGGCAUUCGAGGAGCCAGUCCAACUAACAGACAGACCCAGUGGGCGUGAGAAAAGGAAUGAGUUCGGGAGAUUCAAGGCCCUGAUUGAUCCGGCCGAGGCAGAGAGACAACGCAAUAAGCGAGAGAAACAACAGGAACAUGUUAAAGAAGUGCAACGACAGAUAGAAGCUAAGCGAUUGGCGAAGGAGGAGGAGAAGAGGAAGCAAAAACAAGAGGAGUAUGAGGACGAACAGAGAGUGAGGAGAGAACUAAAUCUGGCAACCGACUCCGGCCCCAGUGAGUACAACAGGACCAGACCAGUGCCCAAAGCACAGCUGGAACCACCACAGAAUGAGUAUGUACAGCAGCAUGGCCAAGUGGAGGCAGCACCAGAAGUCCAGAAGGCAACACAUUACGUGGAUACGAAUCACAACCACAGUAGAUUACAGCAGACACAAAGAAACAGAGAGACACAGAACGUUGCUAAUAGAAGGGUGGCUCCUGGUGAUUUCACUGGACCUGGAUCCAAUGUAGUCCACUCUCCAAUAGACUCAUCAGCGUACCACCUGGACCCCCACCAGUACCAGGGAAGAGGGGGAGGAGGAGGGGCUGGCAAUAUGGGCAUGAUCUCAACUGGGGCUAAUAUAGUGCAGAGGCAGGACAGUGAUGUAGUUGUGGAGUAUGUACCUCAACAUGAGAUUGGAGCUCAGAUGAAUACCAAUAGGAAUAUUAAUGAUGGGCGCCAGCAGCACAACGAAUCAGCACUGGCAUCAUCCAGAUAUGUUGAACAAGAAGUGAGAAGCCACCAGGCAAAACAGUCUGGGAGGAGAGCGAAUGAGAGAGACAUCAGGAGGCCAGAGAAUCUGCGGCAGAAAAAGAAGGAGACUCUAAAUAGACACAAUAGACAGUUCGGGGCAGUCGCCACUGACCAACAGUCCACAGUAUCUGGAAUGACUUCGUCCAGAAAACCACUCUACAAACAGAAUGAAGCUGUUUUGAGAUCCAACCGGUCUCCGCCUGUUCCGGCUCUGCAGAAGAGAACGAUGGACAAGCCCUCCAUUCCAUCGCAGAACAAGAGAGCACCCUCCAAUGCCACCACCCACGUGAACGAACAGAAUUACCACAACACUACCAUCCCGGAGACAGGCAGAACACAGCAGACUGUAAUGAGUAGUCGAUAUGUUGAUCCUAAUGUAACUUCCCCGCCUCCAGUUGCAAACGGAGACUUCAUCCCCUUUCGCAGAACCAGUGCCCACAUGGAUCCAGCCAUCAACAGUUCGAGACGCCAGCAGCCUCCAAACCACCACCAGUCAUCUACCAACCAAAGAGGCAGUCAGCAGCAGCAUCAUCAUCAUCAGAGAAGAGCACCCCCUUCAGAGUUCUCUCUGGACGAGCCAGUGCAGCAGAGGAACACGACAGGGUCUGCCAUAGAGAGACAUGAUGCCGUUCUCAAACAACUAUCUUCACUACGUCAGGGUCUAAUUGAGAAGCAGCGUGAAUAUAACAAUCAAACUCCGACCCAAUACGAUGGCUAGAACGAAGGGUUCUUUCGAUCGAAGUUUUCAACGCGUAGAACUUCUGAAAAAAACUUUGUACCCUAUCUUCGUCUUGUAAAUUAUACCUGUAAAUUAUUUUUGUCGAAAUUGUACAUAUUGUAGCAAUUAAAUUCUUUCUCUCAAACCGA